AUGCGAACUGUCCUGUUGAGCGGCCCAUUCAUCCCUGAAAUUAACGUCGGGUACAACGUGCAGGCGAAUGGGGUCAGCAUUAACUUCUUAAAAGACCCCUUUUGCUUCAGGGACAAGACGAUGAAAAUCGGUGGACGAACAAUUGGAGAAGGUGCGCCAUAUGAAGAUGGCUUAGCAUAUGAGGAUGACUUAACAUAUGAAGAUGGCUUAGAAUAUGAGGAUGACUUAGCAUAUGAGAAUGGCUUAGCAUAUGAGAAUGGCUUACCACGCAAGAGCUCUCGUUUCCCGCAUGACGAAUCUACCAACAAAACCGAGGAAGUGAAGAAUGCCUCUCUCCAUGACGACAAAAUGAAGUAUACUCUGAAAAGCGCAGAAAGGGCAAGGAUCUUCGAAAUGCCAAAGCUGGAUAUAAAAAAAAAAUACACAGUCCAGACGAAUUAA